CCCGCUCCUCCGCCGCGAGCCCUCAGAGUCUGGAUCUAUGCUGUAGCUAGAUGGGCUUUACACCACACGCCGCUGGCUUACAGGUUGCAGAGAGUGAAAGUUUUAUUUCGCAUGUGAAGCAGUUUUUAUUUUUAUUCCACUCGGGGCUUUUUUUCUCCUCUGCUUGGAUAUCUCUGACUUAGGCAUUGGAUAUGUGCACACAGGAUGAUGACAACCCCUUUCCUCCCCGUAGAAGUAAAAUAAAAUAGGCUUUCGCGCACACUGGAUUUACUCCUGUCAUUCCAUAUGAAGAAGUCAAAAAGUUGGAUACACAUCUGUGUCCGUUUCCUGUUGUUCACGCUUGGGGUACUUUCAGAUUCACUUGACGUCAACCCAGUGACCGAUGACAUCUCUAAACUCUCUACUUUGAGACAAAACAUUCCUAAAGAUUACAAAAUUCCUGUACGCUACAUUCCAAAAAAAGAGGGCGGGAUGUGUUGGGUGAAAUUAAAUGUCUUCUACUUGGAAGAAAGUUUACAAGAUUUAGCAGACAAGUUUGGAAACAUUUCAUCCAAUAGAAACGACAUUAGCAUAGUCAUCCAAAUACUCCAAGAACUGCGGCUCGCAAUGGGUCAAAGCUUGGAGAUGACCAUGUAUGAUUUUGAGUGCCACUACAGGGAAGAUGGGUGGCACACGGAGCGAUACUUUGACUUUGUCAAAGACUUCCUCACAGCUGCACAGAAUAAAGAAGAUUCAGAUGACUGUGAUCCUCCUCCCUGUCCCACCACACCGUAUACAGUAACAACAAAAGAAUAUUUACAAGUGUCACCCACUCCCAGCAGUAAAGGCCCCGGGUGCUCUACUGGCUGCACAGCACAUAAAGCACCUAGAUUGCUGCCUGAGGUGGUGGAGCGAAGCCUUCUCUCCUUACUCUUCAUUCCACUCUUAGCCCUCGUAUUCCUGCUUGUGUGGAAGGUCAGAUCACGAAGGAACGAGGAGGAUCUCCAACAGAAUGCUGGAGAACAAGGACUCUUCACAGGAACAGAAGGGACUGCACCUCCACUAGAUGCUGAAAUAUCAGAAAAAAACAAGCUGAACGUCAUUGAAAUAGUGUAAUGCUUCAACCCAUUGUUGUUCUUCAGUGUACUUGGGCUCUACUCCUCUCCUGCUGGUGUCCAAAGGUGAAAAGCAAACGUGAAGCUGAAUUCCAUAGUGAGGUGAAAGGCCUGUUUUUGACUGUUCUCCAGAUUCACUGUGGCACGUUAACACUUGCUGUGACCAAGAUUCUUCUGGUUAAAUCACGCCUGAUACUGUGUGGACAGGCUUGCCUUUCUCAUGAGACUGCAUUAACCCCAUGCUUUUGAACAAGACUGAGGUUUUAGCUGUAUCCCCCCCUCAACUCCUACCCCGCCCCAUGCCCUCUGCACCUGGAUUCUCUGGCUCCAAUUAAUCCAUCAGAACGUGCUGCAACAUCAGCGUUUUGGGGAAAACUUUGCCGCUUCAUCGUCACAUUGCUCCAGACCACCUGCGUUUUUUGGCCUGCCGGUUCAUCUUCAAAGAACAAAGCAGAGAGCGGUUAUCUCUUGUAUGAACUGAGGCAUGAAUUACUACCUCCGAUGACCCUCAAGUUAAUCACAUCCUCAGCAGCUCCACAAUUUCCUUUUAGUCUCGGGUUUCCCAAAGAAUAAUAAUGUUAAGCGUUGUAGUUCCAAGGUGUAGUCACAUUGUCUGGUUGGGGUAGGUACCCAGGGGGAGGGGGCGUGCAUGAUGUAUUUAUUUAUUGGCGGCAGCACUCAGCUGCUGGUGUUCAUGGAACUGAAAUGUUUCAAGUAAUGGGUUACAGUUAAAGAACAAUAUGUAUAGUAACACGUCAUAAAGCUACAAACGCAUUCCUGAACAAGUGAUAUUUUCUUAUAAGUUGUUGUUAGUAUAUACUGUAUGGCUCUGGUGAUUCAGAUUGAGUGAAUGGAUUACAUGGAAAAACACACACACAUAUAGAAAAUAUGCUGCUUUGACUAACUUACACUUAGACUAUUGAAAUCUGCAAUGACAUUCUCCUACCAACUAUCAGGGAUGACUUCUGUGGAUCCAGGUUUUUUUUUUUUUUUAAUUUAAAGCUGAAUUAUUCAUAACAUAGACAACAAUGGGACUCCCAUACUAUGUUAGUUCUACAAUGCCUUUAUAUUUUUUUUACUUAUCUCACCUUUAUGCUUGUAAGAUAGAAACUGUUACAUCAGACAUUUUGAUGACCAUUCACAUUGGAAAAGAGACUAAAUGUGACGCAAUUUGAAAAAGGAAACAGAUAUAAUAAAAUCGAAUAAACAAAUACCAUAUUAUAUCACUUUUUAUAUUAAGAUAUCUGUUUUUGACUGUUUAUUCAACGACCCAAUGUACCUACACAACCAUCCAGCUUAGACUGUUCUGCACUCACAAGGUUUAAUCUGUUCUUACUGAUUUUGCCUUUGUCCAGUAUUAGUGUUGUGUUUGCAUAAUAAAACCCAUUAUGGACAAUCUGACAAAGAUAGUUAGUGCAUGUAACCGAAACAGCUGCUGAAGGACGACACCUGUGUUUGUGAUAUUUCCAGACAACGCAUGUUAGUUCUCUCUACAAUCCAUGAAGCCCACCACAUGGGAAUGCCAUGCAAACCUAAAUAUCUAUUUUGCCUUAAAGUUGCCUCCUUCGCAUACCGAACUGUAGCACAACGGUGUGACUUUCAAAAUGCAAUAUGGUGAGUUUAAAAAGUUAUCGCUCCCUGUUGAAUGAACGAUCCACAUAAAUGGUCCAGAAAUCAUUUACGCACUGGUAGUCAAUUUGAAGCAAAUGGCAGGGGAGUUUGUUAAAUUCACACAGAUUAACUGAUUGUCAAGGCCACAGGGACCAGUCCCCCAACUCACUAACUUGACGCUCUCAUAAAUCUGAGAAGUCAGGAGCCGAGGUGCUCCCUGCCUCAGUGAUAAUAGAUCUUAUCAGAGCAGAGCAGUGGGAUUAACAUAUCUAUCUAAAGUCACUCCCAUGAACACAAGUGACUCAGCAUUUGAAUAAUUACGUCUUGGCAGUCAAUUGCAUGGUUUGGGUUUUUCCUUCAGUGCUGUAUGAGGACUCCCACAAAAGCCUUUCCCAAACACAAAAUAAAUCGACAAUGAAUUCUAGGUAAUAAACUGAUCAUUGACCUCGUCAGUGACUAAAAGAUAGAAGUGUCAACAGGGCACGCUGGCUGUGACCUAUCCAAUUAGGCAACUAGACAGUGACAGAAGUGGCAGGACACAAACAUUUGUUUCUAGUUCUAGUAUUUCUAUCAUAUUGGUGGUCUUACAUUGUACCAUGUCCAUUCUUGGUUUUGUGCCUUGUUUGAUUAGUGUGACUGACUUGUGUGUAAAUGUCAAAGGUCUGUCUAUGUCUCCCUGUGCUAGCAGUAAGUGGAGAGAUCAUUUUAGGGCAGAUUGAAAUAAUCUCACUUCAACAAACCAAUUGAUAUGCUUCCCCUUUUCUUUUCAAAUUAGAGUUUAGUUGGCUUGACCUGUGCCCAGUUAUGAUUAUGCACACUUUGUGUGGUAAAGCAGAGCUUUGGUAAGAGAAAACUAUCAGCAGAACAAACUGCAGUGGUUGUAACAUUUCUGUCCACAUGUUACAUUUUAGCCUUUGUAACCUUUAGGAAACCGUUCACUUGGUAACUGUUUGUUUCCUGUGUAUUUGGGACUAUAUGUUGGGCUUUUUUUUCUUAUAGGAGACAACAGUGUAUUGUACAAAACUGAAUCUGUGUUUGAAAAAACUGUAUACCACAUUGGUGUUCCUAUAGUUCAGAUCAACAGUACCUUUCAGCAUCAAUAGCUGGAAAUCUUUCGUGUGGUUAAGUAUCGUUUGUUUUGUUAAACUGCAGGAUAAAAUUAUUGAUUUAAAAAUGCAUUUUUGAAAAAAAGCGCUAUUAAUGGUGACAUCUUAUUGUGCCAUAUUAUCUAUGGCAGUGUAGAGCUGAGUCUGUGUUAGAAAAAGUAUACCACAUUGGUGUCCAUAUACUCCACAGCAGCGGUACUUUUGGCAGGGAUAUAUGAGAAAUUAGCGUCAUGGUAAAGUAUUGCAGUUUCAAAGCUUUUAAUCUGAUUGUUUUCAUUCAAAGAUGCAUUUUUGAGUAAUAUUGGCGUACGCUAUCUAUGGCAGUUUAGACCUGAUACCUGAGACUUUCUCUUUGAUCAUCCUUAGGUUAUGCUUCUCUACAUGAAGACUAUUAAAUGCAGUGCCCAGUAUUCUGACAGAGAUAAAGGCUAGUCUAGCCACAAACUAACAAUCAAGAUAUAUUAUGUCAAAAGUUGCUUUUUAUACAUAGUCUAUGAAUAUAAUUAGCUGCAACAGGUCUAAGCUGUGAACAAAUACAAAAUCAAAACACGAAAUCAAAAAAAGAAAGAAAAAAAAAGAACAUGGUCUCCCAUUUUCCUGUCUAUAUGAGAGCCAGAAACAGUCAGUAUGCCUGAUGCAUGGAACUCAGAAACCAAGCAAUUUCAUGCAUUAGUCUAGAGAAUGACUGCCCUUAAAUACUGUUCCUAUGUGGGUUGUUGUGUGAUCUGUGUGUGAACACAGUUGUAUCCCGAACAGUGCUUUUGGGCAUGAGUUAUCCAAUCCAUUCCACUUCAGUGGGUAAAUCAAAUGGCUCUAGGCAGGAAAUAAGUCUGGGUGCCAAAAAGCAAAUGUAAUUAUUGCCCGGUUGGUAUUCUGGGUGAAAACUCUACUGUAUUCUGUAUUUUUGUAUAAAUGUAAACAACAUAUAUGAAAUAUGAAUAAAGUACAUGUAUCCAACUUUUAUUUAUUGA